AUGAACCAACAUACAUUCAAUUUGAUUCGUGCACUCAAUAAUAACAACCUCUCUCAUCAUCACCAACAAAACAACAACAAUCACACACAGGAAAUAUUAUUACAGACAAUAUAUGGAAAUUCUCUGAAUUGUUACGAGUUGUUGGAUGAUCCUAUGAAAAAUUUAUGUAUUUCCGAAAUCAAGUCCUUCUCGUUGAAUGAUAAAAAGCCUGUGAUGGAUAUUUAUAUGCAACGUAUGAGGCAAUACUUUAUCAAAAAUCAUGUUCCGAUAUUUAAUUCAAUUUCCAACGUAGAUUCAUUGCUAGACAUUGUUCAAAACAUCUGUAUGAUUGUGCAACGAUAUAUACAAUUUUUUGAAAUGUUAGAAAAUUAUUUAGGAAUUGAUGAUGGAAGAAUGAGGGAGGAAUUUAUUGUUUUUGUUCAAUCCACACUCUUUUACAAAUUAAAUAUUGAUCAAAGAGAAUAUUUAAUUAAGAAGAAUAUAUCCGAAGUGUUGGUUCAAUACUACCAGGCAACAUUUAUGGCAUUUGCUUCUACAAUUGAGUCUGAAGAACCAUCACUCGAGUCAGAACACGUCAUUGAAAAUUUUAAAUUAUUCUCAGGUCAAGUUCGACUAUUGAGAGCUAAUUUCAUGAAUUCUAUAAUUUCCAAUAGCUGGAUCUCUUUCAUGUUCUCAGCCAUUAAGGAGAAAAUUACCGAAGUUGCAACUACUGAUUUUGAACAAGAAAUACUCAGUUACAUACAACAAUGGAAAGAACAAAUUAUAUAUCCCUAUAUGGAUAUAUAUUUUUGCAACGACCCUUCUCAUGAAUUGUUCAAUACUCUCAAAUCUCAAGUGGAUUAUUUCGUAUUUGAAAACUUGGCAAAGAUAAGGAUAAAACAAAUAUUUAAUAUGAUCAUUGAUUUUCCAACAAGUCAACAGGCUAUUAUGAUUUAA